UUUUUGCACAGGGUGCAGAACAAAUUAAGAACAAAUUGAGCAGACUUUUGUGUGCGCCUUGUCAUUGUACUUACACGCGGGAUCAAAGGCGGGACGCUGGCAAUUUUGCAUCCUUUGCAUGUAGGUUCAUUUUAGGUUAUAUUUGCUUGCCUUGGCAUUGAUAUUGUGAAUCACUGUUGACAAUAAGGUCCUAUAUACCGCUGACAUGGAGGGACUUAGGUCGGAAGUCAGUCAGAAAAUUAAGAAAGCGAUUCAGGCGAAGCUUCUCGAGCUCGGCGUAACUGUUGAUGAUGCCUUACCUGACUACAUUAUGGUGUUGGUGGUCAACAAGAAGUCUAAAGAGCAAAUGGAAAAUGAUCUUGUGCUUUUCCUACAAGGGAAGACAACUGCUUUUGUGGAAUGGCUGGCUCAGAUCCUUGGGAGACUUCAGACUAUGAGCAUGCAGGCAAAAGAGAGAGCAGCCAGCAGUGGAGGCAGGAGACCGGUCGCAGCACCCGGCUCUGGCCGCAGUGCUGACAAACGCUCGCUACCGCCUGAGGAGCAGCCAGCGGAGAAGAAAAUACGUCUCGACCCACCGCCGGAGCAGGGGAGCCCUGUUCAGCAGUCGGCCUCACCGGACCGGCAAGAGGCGGCACCAGACCGUAAAUCGACAUCACCAGACCGUAAAUCGACGUCACCAGACCGUCAGCCGACGUCACCAGACCGUCAGCCGACGUCACCAGACCGUCAGCCGACGUCACCAGACCGUCAGCCGGCGUCACCAGAUCGAAAAUCGACGACACCGGACCGCCAGUCAGAGCCGGGGUCUAACGAUGCCAGUACAAAUGGCCUUCCUCGUGACUGUCAACCGCGCCCAGAUGAAUCGCCGUCUCGCCAUUCCAACUCGAGUAACUCUCCGGCACAUCAGGGCUCGGAGACUGCCGCCGCCGCUUCAGCCGUCUCCAGACAGUCCAGAUCACGUGAUUCGUCCAAAUCGCGACGGUCCGAGUCACGUGGCACGUCCGGAUCUGAACGGUCUCGGUCACGUGAUCCUUCAGGGCCUCGACGAUCCAAGUCACGAGACAGCUUAAAAUCUCGACAAUCUGAGUCACGUGAUACAUCCAGGUCUCGAUCUGAGUCACGUGACACGUCCAGAUCCAAACGAUCCCAGUCACAUGACAAUUCCAGAUCCAAACGAUCUCAGUCACGUGACAAAUCCAGAGCUAAACGGUCCCAGUUACGUGACAAAUCCAGGUCUAAACGGUCCCAGUUACGUGAUACAUCCAGGUCUCGAUCUGAAUCAAGUAACUCAUCCAGGUCUCGAUCUGAAUCAAGUAACACAUCGAAGUCUCGCCGAUCCGUGUCGAGUGGUACGUCCGGGUCAGACCGGUCUAGGUCACGUGAUUCUUCCAGUUCUGGGCGAUCCAAGUCCCGUGACACGUCCGGCUCCAGUCGGUCGGUCUCUCCAACACAGCCCAGGUCGAAGGGAUCACCCAGUCGAGGCUCCAAAGUCGCCGAGCCGCCCGCGCGCGACGGGGCCAGCUCUGCCGACAGUGACGGCGCGGCAGGCCGGCGGCGGCGUCAUCCGCGCAUCUCGUUCCUGUCAACUGAUGACGGGCCUUCGAACCGGGCCCGCUCGAACGGUAACGGCCCUCCAAGAGUACCGCCACCGCACGAUGUACCGACCACCGCCGCCGCCGGAGGACGGAUCAUCAACCUGCGAGAGGAGUCGACGUUCCCGCCGGCUGGACGGUCCUCCGAGCGGGCCCGGCAUGGCGGUCGGCCGCGGACGGCGGAGGGCGGGGCGCGCGGGCCGCGGUCGGCCGUCCGGCGCUCGUCUGCCGCUGACGACUCGGACGGAGAGGCCGAGGGACGGCCGGCGCCGGCCGUGGCCAGCACGGUGCGCGUGACGGACCGGCCGCGGCCGCCGGCCCACCUGCUGCCCCGGCCCGACAUCCUGGUGCGCGCCAUGACGGAUGCGCGGCGCUCGACCAGCGGCGCGCCGGGACCGGGGCAGACCGGCCGUCGGCGCCGCCGCCGCAGUGGGGCCGGCCGGCCGCCGGCUGCUGGGCCAGGUGCCGACAAACAGGCAGGGUCGUUCGCUGGUGAUCUGAGAGCUAAGCUGCGAGCCGUACGACAGGGCGACUCUGCGCGCCCGGCCGGCGGCCGGCGGCGGCGGCGACGCUGACCGCUGCUUCAGCUCGUCUUUCAGUGAGGUCGGUCCGUGCCCGGCACCCCAUACCGGCACAGGCGGCACACGACCGCUGCACACCAUUGGGCCACAGCAUCUGUGGCUAAUUCAUGUACAUUCACGCUAGUGUUAUUUCGGAGAUGUCAAAUAAAAAGUGAUAACGAUCAA